UGUGAUUUCAGUCGUUGUGAAACAAACAGAGACCAGUCAAACACUGUCACAGUGAAAAGACCGGAGAUGGCGCUGAGAGCUUGUGGCUUUAUAGUGUUUCGACGUCUAGCCAGCUGUAUUCCCCCACCAGACAACAUCGAGUACCUCCUCCUGCAGACCUCUUAUGGGAAACACCACUGGACCCCCCCCAAAGGUCACGUGGACCCAGGUGAGGAUGAUCUCACCACGGCACUGAGAGAGACCAAGGAGGAGGCGGGGCUGGGUGCAGAGCACCUGCAGGUGAUUGAAGACUUUGUGCAGGAGCUGCACUAUGAGGUGCAAGGCAGACCCAAGGAGGUGCUGUACUGGCUGGCCGAGCUGAGAGACCCAGGGACAGCAGUGACUUUGUCUGACGAGCACCAGGACUACCGCUGGGCCCGGCUGGAGGAGGCUUGCAAUCUGGCCCAAUACAAAGAUCUGCAGGACACACUGAGAGCAGCACAAAGGCACUUACAGGCUCAGCAGGACAAACAGUGAUAUGAUGGGAUUUAAACCCUACUGAGGGGACAAUUCAAGAUUGGAAAUAACUGUCAUCUGGUAUGCGGGAACCACAUUAUUUUGGCAUCCAGUGUGAAAGUACAGCCUUUACUAAUGUAAUUUAAUGAUGCUGUCUAUUUCUGCUUUUACUGUUUGUCUUUGUUUAAAGACUUUGUCUCUAGUGUGCAGUCAUAUGUGGAGACACAAUUGAUUUUCUUCACUCAAAACAAAGGUGAGCAGGAAGGAAAUUAAAAAUUGCAAACCAGAUUAGUGAUUUUAUCACAGUCACUUCACAAAAUGAUGAUUAUCUGUGUGUCUUUGAAUCUUAUUAGUGAUGUUGCUGCUUUGAAUGUAAAAAAACUAAAACUAAAUUAAGGAGGCAGCCUCUUAGUCCCACUGGAAGUCAGUAAAAACAAACGGACCUAAAGAGGAGAAUGUGUCAUUUGUGGUGAUACUGUUUUAUCUGUCUGUUGUUUGAAUCAGAUUUAGCCAAAAUAAAAAAUGUUCCUACUUCUCAA